AUGAAGGCGCUGGGGGUCGUGGUGCUGGCCCUGCUGCUGUGCCGGCAGCCAGGGAGAGGGUGGGCGCAGGAGGACAAGGACGAUGACGACGUGGGGCUGGACGGCUACGAUGAUGAAGAGGAGGAGGAGGAGGAGGCCGGCGCUGGCCCUGGCAGCAGGGACGGAGCACGGCUCCAGUGCUACAGCUGCCAGUCCUUACAGCGGGAGGAACGCUGCAGCCACACGCAGAGCUGCGCCCACAGCCAGCACUACUGUACCACCUUCAUCACCCACGGCAACACCGGGUCAGGGCUCCUGACCACCUACUCCACGUGGUGCACAGACACCUGCCAGCCCAUCAGCAGGACGGUGCAAGGGACCCAGCUGACCGUGACCUGCUGCCAGUCGACGCUGUGCAAUGUCCCGCCCUGGCACAGGCCAGGGUCACAGGACCCACCGGGCAGCAGGGCAGCAGGCCCCCUGAGCAGCCUGGCACACGUGCUGGUCCCAGCCCUGCUGCUCAGCCUCUUUGGCAGCCUUUGA